UUCCUCCGUCAAACGUCCAAGUGAGCGAUGACUGGGGCCCGGUGAGAAAUGGCAUAACGACGUCGUACGCCGAGGGGGCGAGCCUGACACUCACAUGCGUCGCUAGUUCGGGAAAGCCACUCGCUAGGGUGUCAUGGUGGCGAGAUGGUGAACUUGUCACUGAUGAAACAGAAUAUUUCGAAGAUCGACAGAAAUCGCAGAGUGUCCUCAGAAUCGAAAAGGUUACCAGGUCGCAUCUCCUUGCCGUCUACAGUUGUGAAGCCAGCAAUAGCAGGCUACAACCUCCCCUGAUCGUGCGCACAGCCAUCGAUAUGUACUUGAGACCACUGGAGGUGGGGUUGGUGGGGAACAACCCAGAUUUUAGUGCGGGAAAAAGAUACAAUGUGACUUGUAGGUGUAGGGGAUCCAGACCUCCGGCAAUCAUGACUUGGUGGAAG